AUGGGUUUUUUCGAGAAUUUCUCCAACCAUGCCGAUGCUCACAAUGAGGUCAUGAAUGCCCCUCACAAGGCCUCCCUAUCUCACGAGCUGAUUGCCGGUGCCGCCGCCUACGAGGCCGCAAAGGCCUAUGAGGACCACGUCCAGAAGAAUGGAAAGCCAGACAGCCAUGCUAAGGCCAAGGAGAUCCUCGCUGGCUUCGCUGGGGCUUUCACAGACCGCAUGAUCGAGACGAAGGGCCUUGACUACAUUGAUAAGGAGAGGGUGAAGCGCCAGGCCCAUGAGCAUGCUCAGGAUGCCCUUGGACGGGAGUACUAG